UGUUUAGGGUCUGUUUGUCGGUAUGUCUGGUACGGCGUGGAAUGGGAUGAUGAUGGAUGGAUGGGAGAUGAGGAGACGAAGAAGAUGUGGGGAUGAUGGACGACGGACGAUGGAUGACGGAGGAUGGAUGGGAAUGGGCCGUAUGGAGAAGACGAUGGCUCGGGUCCGGCAUGCUCGCCCGGCUGGUCCUUCUCGCCCUCUUUUCUUUUUCGCUUUUACCUAUCUGGUCCUGCUCUCUCACGAGGGAUUUCUUUGUUUUUUUCCCUUCUCGGCGCUUGGUUGGCUCUACACCCCGUCGUCUCAGCCAGCUCGCCUCUCUACUGUCUAGCGUUGCGCAUUCUGCUUAGUUAUAUUUUAUCCUACUGUUGGGUUACUUUGUCGUGUGGAGCGGGGCGGUGUAGAUAUCUGGCUUCUUAUUUUCUUCAUCAUCUGCUGGUCCCUUCACCUCACUCCCGACCCCAGUAUGUCCGCUGUUCUGUGGUGGACUGGGUUCUGGAGGGGGACUUGGAGACGGGGACGUGGAAAAGCUGAGCUGGCUUGAAGCUGGCUAGCAUUUAAUACGCGACGGAGGUGGGGUCGGUUUAGACCCGCAGGAUCAAACCAGACAGCCCAGACACUGGUUUUGUGUUGUAUGUUGAGUUACAUAUGUUAGGAGUAGUGAGUGAGUGUAUGGAAUGCAUCUACUGUUGCAUCUU